ACAAUCAAUAGAUUUAUUCAUUCUUACUAUUUUCCUAUAGGGUACCUCUGAUUUUUAUUCUAUGUUCAUAUCCUUUUUGGUGCCUCAAUUUUAUCAAUUCAGGUAUUGGUCAAUAUUGGACUAUACUCGGACUGUUCUAUUUCAUUACUAUGAUGCUAUAAAUACCCAUGUUUUGGUCAGUGAGCCGGGGUCCAUUAGCACGCACUGCAGUAGUAACACGAUGUAUAGCUAAGUGUAUUUUUUACGGUAACCAUCUCCAUUAGGGGUUCCAGCAAGGCUCCAGCAAUGUCCCAGUGAUGAUUCGGCCAUAGUCACCAGUGUUCCGGUAUUGAACAUCUUACCACCCGUGCAACCUCCUUCGAGUAUUCACUUACUACGCUGGAAGCCGGUGGACGGAAGCCGUCAUCUUAGGACGUGGUACCGAAGGAGGACACAUUGGAGGAACACUGGAGGGACACUGCUGUCCAAUAUACCACCAUAGGACAUUGACGAAUCAGAUAUUAGAAACAUUUUUUUUUUGUUAAUAUUUUGUGUGUGUGUGAAUGUGUAUAUUUGUAAAUUUAUUGAUUUUAUAUAUAGAUAAAGAUUGUAAAUACUUAUUGUUGUUUUCAUUGCUUGACUGGUUAGACACACGACGGCUGUCGUGACAAAUUGGUGUCAGAAGUGGGAUAAUUAUGUCUAAUCAGUCAGCAAAUAAUGGUCAGUUUGUUUUUGUCAAUUAGUUUUUGAAGUGUCUAAUAUGAUUUUUUUUUUUCAUUUAAGGUAGCUAGAAAUUGUAUGGAACCCCGGUCGAGAACGGUUACUGUUGCCUUGUGUAUGGUUAUAUUUUUCCUUUGAGUGUUUAGAGGAUAAGUACAUUUUUGUUUGAAAUAUUUAUUAGCAUUUGAUUGUGUAGUUGAUAUAUUUUUGAGUAUAUUAAGAUGGACCACCCAACGUUACAAGAAUUAACGGAACACGGACAGAAAAUGGAACUCAAGGGAUCAGAUCUCCAGAAGUUCAUACGAGAUCAGCAAGCACACUAUCGGGAGUUACGAGCCGCAGAGAGAGAACGAGAAAAGGAAGCGAGGGAGUACGAGUUGAAGAAGCAGACUCUAGAGAUGGAUAGAAUUAAGAUGCAGGAAGAACAAGGUAAAGCGGAGCUUGAGAGUAAGUACCGUGCUACUAUUUUUCAUUUAGAGCAACAGUUGAAAGAGACAAAGGUUGAUAUUGCAAGUUCUUCAUCUGCUAAAAUUCCUAAGAUGCCAUUUUUUGACGAAGUUAAAGAUGACAUAGAUUCUUACCUUCGGCGGUUCGAGCGGUAUGCAGAGGCACAGAAGUGGAAACCAGAUACAUGGGCAGUCAAUCUCAGCGCACUGUUACGUGGUCGUGCACUCGAUGUCUAUGCUUUGCUGCCUCAGGAACAAGCUCUCAACUAUGAUGCUCUGAAAACAUCGCUGUUGAAACGAUUUGAGAGAACAGAGGACGGAUUUCGUCAACGAUUUCGUAUGUGUCGACCUGAAUCAGAACGUAUACCCAAAGACAUUGAUGAAAUGUGUAGGCUAGCUGAUCAAUAUAAAGAGGCCCGUCAUGUUAAUAUUUUGUCGUUAGUACAUUCUGGCAGGAAAGAGUCUACUACUGAACUAAGGAACGGAUCACCAAAUAUACAGAGAGACCAGAAGGAACAGAAAAGUACGAAAGAUGCAGCAACAACAGAAAAACAGGUACGCUGUUACAAAUGUUCCAAGAUAGGACAUGCUUCAUUCCAGUGUCCACAGCAACGUUCACGACCUAGAGAAGAUUCGCGGAGCGGACAUCCCUACCAAACACCAGGUAAAUGUUCAGCAUUUACUUCCGUAACUACAACAACGUCUGUCUCGAAUCCAAAGACUGAUGAUUUAGUUAGUACAUCUUCUUGCAAUGUGACAGCUGCUUUAGAGAACAUGCCUUCUUGUGAUGGUAGACUAAAUGAACAUUCAGUUAGUGUGUUAAGAGACACGGGUUGUAACGGUGUAGUGGUUCGUAAAGACUUGAUUUGUGAUUCGCAGUUGACUGGCAAGUGUCGAGAGUGUGUUCUUGCAGAUGGAUCCAAGAUAAAAGUACCAGUUGCGUGCGUGAGUAUUAAUACACCUUACUUUAUAGGAGAAGUUGAAGCAUGGUGUUUAAAGAACCCUUUGUACGAUGUUAUCAUAGGAAAUAUUCCAGACGCAAGAGAUCCAAAAGAUCCAGAUAUGAGGUGGAGUCCAAGUACCGCCAAUGCAGUGUUAACUAGACAACAAGCUCGCCAUGUAGGUAAAAAGACCAAACCAAUUUGUGUUCCAGAUAUUAUUGAUUCUAGCGUGAGUCCAGUCGACAUAUUACGAGAACAAGAAGGAGAUGAUACUCUGGAAAAGAUCCGUGGUUUAGUGGGAAAGGAUACAGAUGCGGACGCCAAAGUUCAUUUUAUAAGAAAGAAAGGUAUGAUUUAUCGAACUUUUCAAUCGUCUAAUGUUGAAAAUGGCAAAAAGCUCACACAGUUAAUUGUUCCUAAGAAAUUCAGGACGAAAGUCUUAGCCCUCGCACACGAAGCUCCGAUGUCAGGACACCUAGGCAUUAGCAGAACGAUUGACAGAGUAUUAGCAGAAUUCUACUGGCCGGGAGUGCAGUCAGAUGUGAGGCGAUUUUGUCAGUCAUGCGACAUUUGUCAGAGGACAACUCCAAAAGGUAGGACUACUAAAGUACCUUUGGGUAAGAUGCCAUUAAUUGAUGAACCUUUUAAACGUGUUGCUGUAGAUCUGGUCGGCCCUAUUCAACCAGCAACGGACCGAGGGAACCGGUACAUCUUAACCCUGGUAGACUUUGCUUCACGAUACCCAGAGGCAGUGGCGCUAAAAGGUAUAGAAGCUGAAAGAGUUGCAGAGGCUCUUGUUGAAAUCUUUUGUAGACUUGGAGUACCUGUCGAGAUGUUAACUGAUAUGGACAGCCAGUUUACUUCGGAGCUGAUGGCUGAGACAAGUCGUCUACUUUCAUUUCGACAACUGACGACAACACCGUACCACCCCAUGUGCAACGGUUUGGUCGAGCGUUUUAACGGCACGCUGAAGCAGAUGCUGAGACGACUCUGUGCUGAGCGCCCUAAAGACUGGGACAGAUAUUUGUCUGCAGCGUUGUUUGCCUAUCGUGACACCACCCAAGAAAGUCUCGGAUUUUCACCUUUUGAAUUGGUCUAUGGUCACACAGUCAGAGGUCCAAUGCGGAUUCUUCGUGAGCUAUGGACAAAAGAGGUAACAGAUCCUGAUAUUAAAACAACUUAUCAAUAUGUUGUAGAUUUAAAAGAUCGUCUUCAGUCAACCUGUGAGUUAGCUAAAGAGAAUCUGGAGAGAUCGUCACAGAGAUAUCGCACCUACUACAACAAACGGGCGAGACAGCGAGACAUAAAAGAAGGCGAGAAAGUUCUUGUGUUGCUUCCUACCGCUAGCAACAAGUUACUGAUGCAGUGGAGAGGACCUUACAUAAUAGUCCAGAAGGUAGGAAGUGUAGAUUACAAGAUUGAUGUAGACGGAAAGCUUAAGACAUUCCAUGCUAACAUGCUGAAGCGAUAUGUUGAUAGACAGGAUGAUGACAAUAUUAGCAGAGACAUUGUAGGAGUAGCAGUUAUCGAUGUAGAGAACGACAGCUCAACAGAUGACAGUGAUUUAAAUGACUCUCCGUCACAUUUGAAUCCGGAAGGUCCAGAGAAUGUCAACAUCAGUGAUGAACUUGGUGAGAGAGAAACUCGUGACAUUAAAACUUUGCUUUGUAAAUAUUCUGAUGUUCUUACAGAUGCUCCAGGACUGACUACUUUAGCGAAACAUGAAAUCAGAUUGACCAGUGAAAAGCCUGUACGCACAAAGCCAUAUCCAUUACCCUUUACUUCUCGUGAAACUGUAUGCGAAGAGGUCAGGAGAAUGCUAGAAACAGGGAUCAUCGAACCAUCGACAAGUCCUUAUACAUCGCCGAUUGUUAUAGUCAAGAAGAAGGACGGCUCCAAUAGAUUCUGCAUAGAUUUUAGAGCAGUUAACAGAAUAACAGUGUUUGAUGCAGAGACGAUUCCGUGUGCGGACGAUAUAUUCGUGCAGUUGGCAGGCUGUAAGUACGUGUCAAAAUUUGAUCUCUGUAAAGGUUAUUGGCAAUUACCUCUUGAAGAAACGUCAAAGUGCAUAACAGCUUUCCAGACACCACUUGGACUGUUUCAGUUCAAGGUUAUGCCGUUUGGUCUGGUCAACGCGUCAGCCAGUUUCAGCCGUUUGAUGAGAAAACUAUUAGAAGACAGAUGCGUCAGAUGCAGGUGUUGGUGCAGUGUUGUUGCAAGAGGAAGAUGGAGUGAAGAAACCGGUUUUCUACGCUAGUCAGAAGCUGAAGUCGCACCAGUUAUCCUACUCUACGAUCGAAAAGGAAUGUUAUGCUAUAGUCUGGGCGGUCCAGAAGUUCCAAAGGUAUUUAUAUGGAAAAGAGUUCCUACUGGAGACCGACCACCAACCUCUGGUUUAUCUAAGCCACGCCAAGGUAUCUAAUGCUCGUUUAAUGAGGUGGGCAUUGUUAUUGCAACCGUACAGAUUCCGGAUCGUCGCAAUUAAAGGUUCUGAGAACGUCGGUGCAGACUGUCUAAGUAGACUGUAAAUAUGUUACAGUACAUUUUGUGUAUAUUUUAUUGACAUUUUUUUUUUAUUGAUUGUGUUUUUUUCAAAAGUUUAUAAAACUUUCUUGGAUAGGGAGAUAUUGUCACAAUCAAUAGAUUUAUUCAUUCUUACUAUUUUCCUAUAGGGUACCUCUGAUUUUUAUUCUAUGUUCAUAUCCUUUUUGGUGCCUCAAUUUUAUCAAUUCAGGUAUUGGUCAAUAUUGGACUAUACUCGGACUGUUCUAUUUCAUUACUAUGAUGCUAUAAAUACCCAUGUUUUGGUCAGUGAGCCGGGGUCCAUUAGCACGCACUGCAGUAGUAACACGAUGUAUAGCUAAGUGUAUUUUUUACGGUAACCAUCUCCAUUAGGGGUUCCAGCAAGGCUCCAGCAAUGUCCCAGUGAUGAUUCGGCCAUAGUCACCAGUGUUCCGGUAUUGAACAUCUUACCACCCGUGCAACCUCCUUCGAGUAUUCACUUACUACGCUGGAAGCCGGUGGACGGAAGCCGUCAUCUUAGGACGUGGUACCGAAGGAGGACACAUUGGAGGAACACUGGAGGGACACUGCUGUCCAAUAUACCACCAUAGGACAUUGACGAAUCAGAUAUUAGAAACAUUUUUUUUUUGUUAAUAUUUUGUGUGUGUGUGAAUGUGUAUAUUUGUAAAUUUAUUGAUUUUAUAUAUAGAUAAAGAUUGUAAAUACU